AUGGCUGAACCUGGUGAUAGUAGCGAAGAUGUUCAUGGUGAUAGUUUCAACAAUAACGAUUUCAUGCCUUUUCCAACAACGAUGCCUGUUUCAAGAAUGCAAAAUGGUGAAAAACCGUGUUUAGGAAUGAAGUUUAGUAGUCAUGAAGAGGCCUACAACUAUUAUAACUCGUAUGCUUUGAUGAUGGGAUUUGGAAUCAGAAAAAGCUCAGUGAAUUACUCCCAGAAAGAUAAACAAGUGUUGAAUAGAAAAUUUGUUUGUGACAAAGAAGGUUAUAGAUCUAAUAAAGACAAGAGAGAUAUAGGGAAAUAUAUCAAUCAUCGGCGAGAGACCAGAGUUGGCUGUAAAGCAAUGAUGAGAAUAAAAUUAUUGGAGGAUAAAACAUGGGAAGUUGUAGGUUUUAUUGAAGAUCAUACAAACCACAUGCUCAGUAGUCCAGAUAAAGCAAAGAUGCACAGGUCACAACAACAAUUUCAUAGAAGUAAAAGGUGUAAAAAAAUUAUUCAAUGUUUGCAAGAAGAAGGUAUUACUCCUUCCACUAUUUCUCGUGUUAUUAACGCGACAAGUGGAAGAGAAGAUGAAUCAGUGACACCACAACAAUGCAUUGACUAUAUGAAAACUCAAAGGCAUAACAAUAUUGGUCUCACGUCGGAGCUCCCGCCGAAGCCCCCCUCGAAGUCCGGUCGUCGAACCCCCUCCCCCAACUCUCGACGCUCAAGCUCGUGGCCCCCAUCGAAGCUCCGACGCCGAGGAUCUGGUUCCGAUCCCCCGCCGACCAAGUCUAACAGGUCUCACGUCGGAGCUCCCGCCGAAGCCCCCCUCGAAGUCCGGUCGUCGAACCCCCUCCCCCAACUCUCGACGCUCAAGCUCGUGGCCCCCAUCGAAGCUCCGACGCCGAGGAUCUGGUUCCGAUCCCCCGCCGACCAAGUCUCACGUCGGAGCUCCCGCCGAAGCCCCCCUCGAAGUCCGGUCGUCGAACCCCCUCCCCCAACUCUCGACGCUCAAGCUCGUGGCCCCCAUCGAAGCUCCGACGCCGAGGAUCUGGUUCCGAUCCCCCGCCGACCAAGUCUAACAGGUCUCACGUCGGAGCUCCCGCCGAAGCCCCCCUCGAAGUCCGGUCGUCGAACCCCCUCCCCCAACUCUCGACGCUCAAGCUCGUGGCCCCCAUCGAAGCUCCGACGCCGAGGAUCUGGUUCCGAUCCCCCGCCGACCAAGUCUAACAGGUCUCACGUCGGAGCUCCCGCCGAAGCCCCCCUCGAAGUCCGGUCGUCGAACCCCCUCCCCCAACUCUCGACGCUCAAGCUCGUGGCCCCCAUCGAAGCUCCGACGCCGAGGAUCUGGUUCCGAUCCCCCGCCGACCAAGUCUCACGUCGGAGCUCCCGCCGAAGCCCCCCUCGAAGUCCGGUCGUCGAACCCCCUCCCCCAACUCUCGACGCUCAAGCUCGUGGCCCCCAUCGAAGCUCCGACGCCGAGGAUCUGGUUCCGAUCCCCCGCCGACCAAGUCUAACAGGUCUCACGUCGGAGCUCCCGCCGAAGCCCCCCUCGAAGUCCGGUCGUCGAACCCCCUCCCCCAACUCUCGACGCUCAAGCUCGUGGCCCCCAUCGAAGCUCCGACGCCGAGGAUCUGGUUCCGAUCCCCCGCCGACCAAGUCUAACAGGUCUCACGUCGGAGCUCCCGCCGAAGCCCCCCUCGAAGUCCGGUCGUCGAACCCCCUCCCCCAACUCUCGACGCUCAAGCUCGUGGCCCCCAUCGAAGCUCCGACGCCGAGGAUCUGGUUCCGAUCCCCCGCCGACCAAGUCUCACGUCGGAGCUCCCGCCGAAGCCCCCCUCGAAGUCCGGUCGUCGAACCCCCUCCCCCAACUCUCGACGCUCAAGCUCGUGGCCCCCAUCGAAGCUCCGACGCCGAGGAUCUGGUUCCGAUCCCCCGCCGACCAAGUCUAACAGGUCUCACGUCGGAGCUCCCGCCGAAGCCCCCCUCGAAGUCCGGUCGUCGAACCCCCUCCCCCAACUCUCGACGCUCAAGCUCGUGGCCCCCAUCGAAGCUCCGACGCCGAGGAUCUGGUUCCGAUCCCCCGCCGACCAAGUCUAACAGGUCUCACGUCGGAGCUCCCGCCGAAGCCCCCCUCGAAGUCCGGUCGUCGAACCCCCUCCCCCAACUCUCGACGCUCAAGCUCGUGGCCCCCAUCGAAGCUCCGACGCCGAGGAUCUGGUUCCGAUCCCCCGCCGACCAAGUCUCACGUCGGAGCUCCCGCCGAAGCCCCCCUCGAAGUCCGGUCGUCGAACCCCCUCCCCCAACUCUCGACGCUCAAGCUCGUGGCCCCCAUCGAAGCUCCGACGCCGAGGAUCUGGUUCCGAUCCCCCGCCGACCAAGUCUAACAGGUCUCACGUCGGAGCUCCCGCCGAAGCCCCCCUCGAAGUCCGGUCGUCGAACCCCCUCCCCCAACUCUCGACGCUCAAGCUCGUGGCCCCCAUCGAAGCUCCGACGCCGAGGAUCUGGUUCCGAUCCCCCGCCGACCAAGUCUAACAGGUCUCACGUCGGAGCUCCCGCCGAAGCCCCCCUCGAAGUCCGGUCGUCGAACCCCCUCCCCCAACUCUCGACGCUCAAGCUCGUGGCCCCCAUCGAAGCUCCGACGCCGAGGAUCUGGUUCCGAUCCCCCGCCGACCAAGUCUCACGUCGGAGCUCCCGCCGAAGCCCCCCUCGAAGUCCGGUCGUCGAACCCCCUCCCCCAACUCUCGACGCUCAAGCUCGUGGCCCCCAUCGAAGCUCCGACGCCGAGGAUCUGGUUCCGAUCCCCCGCCGACCAAGUCUAACAGGUCUCACGUCGGAGCUCCCGCCGAAGCCCCCCUCGAAGUCCGGUCGUCGAACCCCCUCCCCCAACUCUCGACGCUCAAGCUCGUGGCCCCCAUCGAAGCUCCGACGCCGAGGAUCUGGUUCCGAUCCCCCGCCGACCAAGUCUAACAGGUCUCACGUCGGAGCUCCCGCCGAAGCCCCCCUCGAAGUCCGGUCGUCGAACCCCCUCCCCCAACUCUCGACGCUCAAGCUCGUGGCCCCCAUCGAAGCUCCGACGCCGAGGAUCUGGUUCCGAUCCCCCGCCGACCAAGUCUCACGUCGGAGCUCCCGCCGAAGCCCCCCUCGAAGUCCGGUCGUCGAACCCCCUCCCCCAACUCUCGACGCUCAAGCUCGUGGCCCCCAUCGAAGCUCCGACGCCGAGGAUCUGGUUCCGAUCCCCCGCCGACCAAGUCUAACAGGUCUCACGUCGGAGCUCCCGCCGAAGCCCCCCUCGAAGUCCGGUCGUCGAACCCCCUCCCCCAACUCUCGACGCUCAAGCUCGUGGCCCCCAUCGAAGCUCCGACGCCGAGGAUCUGGUUCCGAUCCCCCGCCGACCAAGUCUAACAGGUCUCACGUCGGAGCUCCCGCCGAAGCCCCCCUCGAAGUCCGGUCGUCGAACCCCCUCCCCCAACUCUCGACGCUCAAGCUCGUGGCCCCCAUCGAAGCUCCGACGCCGAGGAUCUGGUUCCGAUCCCCCGCCGACCAAGUCUCACGUCGGAGCUCCCGCCGAAGCCCCCCUCGAAGUCCGGUCGUCGAACCCCCUCCCCCAACUCUCGACGCUCAAGCUCGUGGCCCCCAUCGAAGCUCCGACGCCGAGGAUCUGGUUCCGAUCCCCCGCCGACCAAGUCUAACAGGUCUCACGUCGGAGCUCCCGCCGAAGCCCCCCUCGAAGUCCGGUCGUCGAACCCCCUCCCCCAACUCUCGACGCUCAAGCUCGUGGCCCCCAUCGAAGCUCCGACGCCGAGGAUCUGGUUCCGAUCCCCCGCCGACCAAGUCUAACAGGUCUCACGUCGGAGCUCCCGCCGAAGCCCCCCUCGAAGUCCGGUCGUCGAACCCCCUCCCCCAACUCUCGACGCUCAAGCUCGUGGCCCCCAUCGAAGCUCCGACGCCGAGGAUCUGGUUCCGAUCCCCCGCCGACCAAGUCUCACGUCGGAGCUCCCGCCGAAGCCCCCCUCGAAGUCCGGUCGUCGAACCCCCUCCCCCAACUCUCGACGCUCAAGCUCGUGGCCCCCAUCGAAGCUCCGACGCCGAGGAUCUGGUUCCGAUCCCCCGCCGACCAAGUCUAACAGGUCUCACGUCGGAGCUCCCGCCGAAGCCCCCCUCGAAGUCCGGUCGUCGAACCCCCUCCCCCAACUCUCGACGCUCAAGCUCGUGGCCCCCAUCGAAGCUCCGACGCCGAGGAUCUGGUUCCGAUCCCCCGCCGACCAAGUCUAACAGGUCUCACGUCGGAGCUCCCGCCGAAGCCCCCCUCGAAGUCCGGUCGUCGAACCCCCUCCCCCAACUCUCGACGCUCAAGCUCGUGGCCCCCAUCGAAGCUCCGACGCCGAGGAUCUGGUUCCGAUCCCCCGCCGACCAAGUCUCACGUCGGAGCUCCCGCCGAAGCCCCCCUCGAAGUCCGGUCGUCGAACCCCCUCCCCCAACUCUCGACGCUCAAGCUCGUGGCCCCCAUCGAAGCUCCGACGCCGAGGAUCUGGUUCCGAUCCCCCGCCGACCAAGUCUAACAGGUCUCACGUCGGAGCUCCCGCCGAAGCCCCCCUCGAAGUCCGGUCGUCGAACCCCCUCCCCCAACUCUCGACGCUCAAGCUCGUGGCCCCCAUCGAAGCUCCGACGCCGAGGAUCUGGUUCCGAUCCCCCGCCGACCAAGUCUAACAGGUCUCACGUCGGAGCUCCCGCCGAAGCCCCCCUCGAAGUCCGGUCGUCGAACCCCCUCCCCCAACUCUCGACGCUCAAGCUCGUGGCCCCCAUCGAAGCUCCGACGCCGAGGAUCUGGUUCCGAUCCCCCGCCGACCAAGUCUCACGUCGGAGCUCCCGCCGAAGCCCCCCUCGAAGUCCGGUCGUCGAACCCCCUCCCCCAACUCUCGACGCUCAAGCUCGUGGCCCCCAUCGAAGCUCCGACGCCGAGGAUCUGGUUCCGAUCCCCCGCCGACCAAGUCUAACAGGUCUCACGUCGGAGCUCCCGCCGAAGCCCCCCUCGAAGUCCGGUCGUCGAACCCCCUCCCCCAACUCUCGACGCUCAAGCUCGUGGCCCCCAUCGAAGCUCCGACGCCGAGGAUCUGGUUCCGAUCCCCCGCCGACCAAGUCUAACAGGUCUCACGUCGGAGCUCCCGCCGAAGCCCCCCUCGAAGUCCGGUCGUCGAACCCCCUCCCCCAACUCUCGACGCUCAAGCUCGUGGCCCCCAUCGAAGCUCCGACGCCGAGGAUCUGGUUCCGAUCCCCCGCCGACCAAGUCUCACGUCGGAGCUCCCGCCGAAGCCCCCCUCGAAGUCCGGUCGUCGAACCCCCUCCCCCAACUCUCGACGCUCAAGCUCGUGGCCCCCAUCGAAGCUCCGACGCCGAGGAUCUGGUUCCGAUCCCCCGCCGACCAAGUCUAACAGGUCUCACGUCGGAGCUCCCGCCGAAGCCCCCCUCGAAGUCCGGUCGUCGAACCCCCUCCCCCAACUCUCGACGCUCAAGCUCGUGGCCCCCAUCGAAGCUCCGACGCCGAGGAUCUGGUUCCGAUCCCCCGCCGACCAAGUCUAACAGGUCUCACGUCGGAGCUCCCGCCGAAGCCCCCCUCGAAGUCCGGUCGUCGAACCCCCUCCCCCAACUCUCGACGCUCAAGCUCGUGGCCCCCAUCGAAGCUCCGACGCCGAGGAUCUGGUUCCGAUCCCCCGCCGACCAAGUCUCACGUCGGAGCUCCCGCCGAAGCCCCCCUCGAAGUCCGGUCGUCGAACCCCCUCCCCCAACUCUCGACGCUCAAGCUCGUGGCCCCCAUCGAAGCUCCGACGCCGAGGAUCUGGUUCCGAUCCCCCGCCGACCAAGUCUAACAGGUCUCACGUCGGAGCUCCCGCCGAAGCCCCCCUCGAAGUCCGGUCGUCGAACCCCCUCCCCCAACUCUCGACGCUCAAGCUCGUGGCCCCCAUCGAAGCUCCGACGCCGAGGAUCUGGUUCCGAUCCCCCGCCGACCAAGUCUAACAGGUCUCACGUCGGAGCUCCCGCCGAAGCCCCCCUCGAAGUCCGGUCGUCGAACCCCCUCCCCCAACUCUCGACGCUCAAGCUCGUGGCCCCCAUCGAAGCUCCGACGCCGAGGAUCUGGUUCCGAUCCCCCGCCGACCAAGUCUCACGUCGGAGCUCCCGCCGAAGCCCCCCUCGAAGUCCGGUCGUCGAACCCCCUCCCCCAACUCUCGACGCUCAAGCUCGUGGCCCCCAUCGAAGCUCCGACGCCGAGGAUCUGGUUCCGAUCCCCCGCCGACCAAGUCUAACAGGUCUCACGUCGGAGCUCCCGCCGAAGCCCCCCUCGAAGUCCGGUCGUCGAACCCCCUCCCCCAACUCUCGACGCUCAAGCUCGUGGCCCCCAUCGAAGCUCCGACGCCGAGGAUCUGGUUCCGAUCCCCCGCCGACCAAGUCUAACAGGUCUCACGUCGGAGCUCCCGCCGAAGCCCCCCUCGAAGUCCGGUCGUCGAACCCCCUCCCCCAACUCUCGACGCUCAAGCUCGUGGCCCCCAUCGAAGCUCCGACGCCGAGGAUCUGGUUCCGAUCCCCCGCCGACCAAGUCUCACGUCGGAGCUCCCGCCGAAGCCCCCCUCGAAGUCCGGUCGUCGAACCCCCUCCCCCAACUCUCGACGCUCAAGCUCGUGGCCCCCAUCGAAGCUCCGACGCCGAGGAUCUGGUUCCGAUCCCCCGCCGACCAAGUCUAACAGGUCUCACGUCGGAGCUCCCGCCGAAGCCCCCCUCGAAGUCCGGUCGUCGAACCCCCUCCCCCAACUCUCGACGCUCAAGCUCGUGGCCCCCAUCGAAGCUCCGACGCCGAGGAUCUGGUUCCGAUCCCCCGCCGACCAAGUCUAACAGGUCUCACGUCGGAGCUCCCGCCGAAGCCCCCCUCGAAGUCCGGUCGUCGAACCCCCUCCCCCAACUCUCGACGCUCAAGCUCGUGGCCCCCAUCGAAGCUCCGACGCCGAGGAUCUGGUUCCGAUCCCCCGCCGACCAAGUCUCACGUCGGAGCUCCCGCCGAAGCCCCCCUCGAAGUCCGGUCGUCGAACCCCCUCCCCCAACUCUCGACGCUCAAGCUCGUGGCCCCCAUCGAAGCUCCGACGCCGAGGAUCUGGUUCCGAUCCCCCGCCGACCAAGUCUAACAGGUCUCACGUCGGAGCUCCCGCCGAAGCCCCCCUCGAAGUCCGGUCGUCGAACCCCCUCCCCCAACUCUCGACGCUCAAGCUCGUGGCCCCCAUCGAAGCUCCGACGCCGAGGAUCUGGUUCCGAUCCCCCGCCGACCAAGUCUAACAGGUCUCACGUCGGAGCUCCCGCCGAAGCCCCCCUCGAAGUCCGGUCGUCGAACCCCCUCCCCCAACUCUCGACGCUCAAGCUCGUGGCCCCCAUCGAAGCUCCGACGCCGAGGAUCUGGUUCCGAUCCCCCGCCGACCAAGUCUCACGUCGGAGCUCCCGCCGAAGCCCCCCUCGAAGUCCGGUCGUCGAACCCCCUCCCCCAACUCUCGACGCUCAAGCUCGUGGCCCCCAUCGAAGCUCCGACGCCGAGGAUCUGGUUCCGAUCCCCCGCCGACCAAGUCUAACAGGUCUCACGUCGGAGCUCCCGCCGAAGCCCCCCUCGAAGUCCGGUCGUCGAACCCCCUCCCCCAACUCUCGACGCUCAAGCUCGUGGCCCCCAUCGAAGCUCCGACGCCGAGGAUCUGGUUCCGAUCCCCCGCCGACCAAGUCUAACAGGUCUCACGUCGGAGCUCCCGCCGAAGCCCCCCUCGAAGUCCGGUCGUCGAACCCCCUCCCCCAACUCUCGACGCUCAAGCUCGUGGCCCCCAUCGAAGCUCCGACGCCGAGGAUCUGGUUCCGAUCCCCCGCCGACCAAGUCUCACGUCGGAGCUCCCGCCGAAGCCCCCCUCGAAGUCCGGUCGUCGAACCCCCUCCCCCAACUCUCGACGCUCAAGCUCGUGGCCCCCAUCGAAGCUCCGACGCCGAGGAUCUGGUUCCGAUCCCCCGCCGACCAAGUCUAACAGGUCUCACGUCGGAGCUCCCGCCGAAGCCCCCCUCGAAGUCCGGUCGUCGAACCCCCUCCCCCAACUCUCGACGCUCAAGCUCGUGGCCCCCAUCGAAGCUCCGACGCCGAGGAUCUGGUUCCGAUCCCCCGCCGACCAAGUCUAACAGGUCUCACGUCGGAGCUCCCGCCGAAGCCCCCCUCGAAGUCCGGUCGUCGAACCCCCUCCCCCAACUCUCGACGCUCAAGCUCGUGGCCCCCAUCGAAGCUCCGACGCCGAGGAUCUGGUUCCGAUCCCCCGCCGACCAAGUCUCACGUCGGAGCUCCCGCCGAAGCCCCCCUCGAAGUCCGGUCGUCGAACCCCCUCCCCCAACUCUCGACGCUCAAGCUCGUGGCCCCCAUCGAAGCUCCGACGCCGAGGAUCUGGUUCCGAUCCCCCGCCGACCAAGUCUAACAGGUCUCACGUCGGAGCUCCCGCCGAAGCCCCCCUCGAAGUCCGGUCGUCGAACCCCCUCCCCCAACUCUCGACGCUCAAGCUCGUGGCCCCCAUCGAAGCUCCGACGCCGAGGAUCUGGUUCCGAUCCCCCGCCGACCAAGUCUAACAGCAAGUGCCACAGAAAUCGCCCUCUUAGUGGCAACAACGACCUCAAAGGCAGCAAAAAGACUUCUGAACCAAAAUUCCCGAAAGAAUACUCCUUUAAGGAAUAUGAAGUUCCUGCUAUCUUCAAAUACCUCCUGAAUAACAACAAAAUCAAAUUUCCUUCAAUCUCUAACAAGGAGGAAGCCAAGAGGACAACGGAACCAAAAUAUUAUGCAUUUCACAAGCGGGUCCAUCAUCCCAUUAAGAUAUGCUACACCCUUAAGGACAAGAUCCAAGCCUUGAUCGACGUUAGCAUCAUCACUACAAAGCAGCCCAAAGAGAAGAAGGUGGGCGCAAAUGUGGUUUCUAUCAGUUUCGGUUUUGACCCUCCGUCAUGGUUUCAGCCAGAGUCCGUGUUAAAGAUUUGCUCAAAGAUGAACAAUGGAUGGGGUCCUCAUCCAAGAAGAAGUCCAAGAGUAAAGGCAAAACCUGCUGCCCUGCCACAGCAAUCCCUAAGAAAGAUGAUGAAGCCAAGGCGGGGGGUGAAAAAAGAGAUAGUCUUCGGCAAAGGAGAAAAAUCUCCACCAUCCAAUCUCUUCUCGAAGGAAGAUAGUAAUGAUGAAAAACCAGGUCCUCACUUGUUCAAAUAUGGACCAAAAGCAUGUAACCUCAUGGAAAAAUGGGGAUAUGACUUCACACUUGGGAAGGGUUUUUGUUUCGGCCGAGGUCCUCGAGUUCCGACCAAAGUCGCUUGUGUCCCUAAGGGAAAACCCGACAAUUAUUAUGGCCACAGAAGAGGCUUGGACUCUGACGUCAGCCUUGGAGAGGUGUUCAAAGGGCUGAUGUCAAACAUGGCCACAGUCGAUCCCAUCACAAUGGAGGAAGACGAUCAACUGCCAACUGGGGAAGACCCAUGGAUCCAUCACUUGAAUAUUCAGUAUGGGGAUCGGUUCGACCAAAGAGAACCUCCUACCGAAGACAAAGUGGUCCAAGUAAACAUGGAUGACGAAGCGAAUCCGAAUCUAAUAUUCGUCAGUCUUCCACCAGACGAGAAGGAAGAGUUGAUUGCCCUCAUCAGGGAAUAUAUAGAUGUUUUCGCCCAGAAUUACGAAAAUAUGCUAGGACUUGAUCUAAAUGUGGCAGUUCAUCGCCUUAAUAUCAAACCGUAUGCAAAACCUAUCAAGCAACAGCAAAGAUAG